AUGGCAGCCCUAAUUAUAGGCUUUAUUUCCUUCGCAAUUGCUUUGACUUCGGUCUCAGCGGAUGCUUCGUCAUACCAACAAAAUGCAAUCUGCGCCUGUGACCAAUUGAUGCGGUACUACCAAACAUAUAAUUCGGGCCUUUGGGGAGACAAUGACUGGUGGCAAUCGGCAAUUUUCAUGACCGCUCUUGCGGACAUCUCCUCCCUCGACUCUAGCUACAACGGAACUUACUUUGAUACCUACGCCACAACAUACGCCAAUGCGCCGGGCUAUGGGGACUACACAGGUUUCAUCGACUCCUAUGACGACGACGAGGCCUGGUGGGGAGUCGCGUGGUUGACGGUGUAUGAUUUGACUGAGAAUCCAGACUAUCUCAACCUGGCCAUUAGCAUCUACAAUGAUAUUUCUCAAUACAAAUCAUCAUGUGGUGGGAUUAUCUGGGAAAAGGGAGGUACCUAUCUUGCGUCUAUUGCUAAUGUCUCAGUUUGGGACUGGUUUUUCGACGUUGGCGUCGUUGGUGACGACUGGAUUGUGGUUGAUGGCGCCGACGCAGACACAUGUCAAGUCAGUUCAACUGCCACAUACUCAUAUAACCAAGGAGUUAUCCUUUCGGCUGCUGUGGAGUUGGCCACUGCCACGGGCAACACGACCUAUCUUGAUAUUGCAGGAAACAUUGCCAACGCGACAACUGCAAUCAAUUCGCCUUUCACAGGUAGCAACGGAGUGAUCACGGACUGUUCCUCUGGUUGUGAUACUACCUCAGCUAUGUUCAAGGGGCCUCUAUUCCGAGGCCUGCGCCAACUUCAACUCGCUGACCCCCAUGACAACUGGCUGACAUGGCUUACAACGAACGCUCAGGCAGCAUGGAACAAUGAUUUGAACAUUACCACCCAGAAUGGAGAAACUGAAUGCAAUCUGGGUGAGAACUUCAAUGGACCGGUUAGCUCAGUUGGUGUGGAAACACAAGGUGCUGGUUUGGAUAGUCUUAUUGCUGCUUGGGCUGUCACAGUUUAG